CCCUCCCACCCGGCGCGCAGGCGCAGUGGCGCGCUGGGCGGCCGGAGGCUCGCGCGCGCCGCGCUCCUCCCCCCCCCCCUAUAUAUAGGGCGCGCUCCCGCGGCGCCCCCUCAGUCCCCCCCGCGCCCCCGCCCCGCCGGGCCGCCGCCAUGGGGAGGAAGUCGAGCAAAGCCAGGGAGAAGAAGCAGAAGCGCCUGGAGGAGCGGGCCGCCAUGGCCGCCGUCUGCGCCAAGGUGGAGGCCGCCAACAAACUCCAGGACCCCCUCGAGGCCUUCCCGGCGUUCAAGACGUACGACCGCAACGGCCUGAACCUCUCCAUCGAGUGCAAGCGGGUGGCGGGGCUCGACCGCGCCACCGUCGACUGGGCCUUCGAGCUCACCAAGAGCAACAUGCAGGCGCUCUACGAGCGCAGCGAGUGGGGCUGGAAGGAGCGGGAGAAGCGGCAGGAGCUGACGGACGAGCGCGCCUGGUUCCUGGUGGCCCGCGACGCCGCCGCCCGCCCCGUCGCCUUCUCCCACUUCCGCUUCGACGUCGAGGCCGGCGACGAGGUCCUCUACUGCUACGAGGUGCAGCUGGAGAGCCGCGUGCGCCGGCGCGGCCUGGGCAAGUUCCUCCUGCAGAUCCUGCAGCUGGUGGCCAACAGCACGCGGAUGAAGAAGGUGAUGCUGACGGUGUUCAAGCACAACGCCGGCGCCUACCACUUCUUCCGCCAGGCGCUCCAGUUCGACGUGGACGCCUCCUCGCCCGGCGCCAACGGCUGCUGCGCCGACGGCUGCUCCUACGAGGUGCUCAGCCGCCGCACCCGCUUCGCCGACGGCCCCCCGCCCCCCCCCGCCGCCGCCGCCGCCGCUGCCGGCCCCCCCUGCGGCGCCUGCUGCCGCUGAGCCCCCCCGCCGCCCCCCCCCCGUCCUCCUCUGCGCACCGUGAGGCCCCCGCCGCCAUUUCGGGGGGCUCCGGGGGGGGGAAAUGGCCUCCAGCACCAUCCUGGGGGGCUCCGGGGGGGGG